AUGAAAGCAAACAGUGUUGUGAUUGUAACACUAGUGUUACUCUUUUUGCUUACCCAGUCUCUGGCAGAAAGUAGAGAAAAAGGCAAAGAAGAUGAAGAAUUGAGAGUGCUUAGAAGAAAGAUCGAGCAUGGCAGAAACAGCAAAACAAGAAGUAGAGGAGGUAAAAGAACAAGAGGGAACAAGUGUGACUCCUUUUACCUGUUUCUGUUCUCCAAAUGUGGUCAAUGGCCCUUUCCUACAUAUCCUUCAGCAGACAAUCCAUUUGAUCAGACUCCGAUAUAUCAUUCCCCUCCGCCACUGGCUUCUCCGCCGCCGGUAACUCCUUCUUACUCGCCAAGAAUCUCAACUCCUCCUCCACCACCACCACCGGUGCUUCAAUAUUCUCCGCCACCAUUGGUAAUUCCUCCACCAACUUCAUUGCCGCCACCGUCGUCGUUGUCUCCACCACCACGAUGUGCACCUCCACCUCAACCCUGUCCUUCACCCCCACCGACUUGUCCCUGUCCACCUCCGUCACCACCACCGCCUCCGCCGUGUCCGUCUCCAUCACCACCACCUCCUUCAUGUCUGCCACCGUGUCUUCCAUCUGGUUCUGCCCCACCGGCGAGCCCACUGCCGCCAUUGCCCCCACUUCCGCCGUUAGUUCCAUCACCACCACCACCGUCCCUGGCCCCUCCACCGGCCGUUCUGCCACCGUUGAUAAUUCCACCUCCGCUUGUCCUUAGUCCUCCGACGACAGAUAUGCCACAAACACCAACUUUGCCAUGGAUAGCACCUCCUGAUGCGGGCACUUAUACUCCACCACCUGCAUUAAAUUUUCCCCCAGAUGGAUCUACACCAGCACCGCCACUUGUCCCGAUGUUCUCGACGCCGCCGGGAACUCCACAGCUACCGCAACAACCACCGGAUGAUCCUCUCUUAUUUCCACCCCCUCUCACACCAAACCCAACUCCGCCGGACACCGGCACGCCGGAUAUUUUCUUGCCGGCCCCAGCCAGUCCAAAACUCCCAGAUAAUCCCCAGGAACCACCGUCAUUUACGUUCACCCCACCAGCCUUUCCUAUCCCAGAGACGCCAGAAAUCAUCUUGCCACCUCCGAUGGUUCCGCAGCUUCCAGAGGAACCACCGACUUUUCCGUUCACGCCGCCGGAUUUAACUACGCCCCAGACACCAGAUGUUUUCCUUCCGUCACCGGUAAAUCCAGUGCUUCCCGGAGAGCCGCAAGAUCCAUUUCCAUUUCCAUUCUCUCCACCCUCGCCGGAGAUUAUCCUUUAA